AUGGAAAGUUUUUAUGAUACAAUACAAGAAUAAUUGGCAAAGCAUUCUGAAAUAGCCAAGAAUAUAGAUUUAAAUGUUCUUUCUUAAAAGCCUGGCUUUAAAAUAGAACAAUUUAAUAACCUGAUAUACAUUGGUUAAAUGUGUAAUGGAAAGAAGCAUGGAACAGGUAAAAUAAUUGAAAAUCUUAAAAGGUAUAUUGAAAGUAGUGGAUUCCUUUAAAAUGUAUAUGGGAGAGUGGUUAGAAGAUCAAAAAUCAGGUUUAGGUUAUGAAAAAUUUUCGAAUGGGGCUGAAUAUUAUGGUAGUUAUGAGAACAAUAAAUAAAAUGGAUAUGGUGAAUAUUUUUGGGUUAACGGAGAACUGUAUAAGGGAAACUGGGUCGAUGGUAAAAAAAGUGGCUAUGGAGAGUGGAAUAGUUAAAACUAAUGGUAUAAAGGAGAAUGGAAUAAUGGCUAUGUGGAGGGUAGAGGUGUUUAUUAAUCUGAAAAAGGUAAUUAAGAUUUUAAUCUUAGGUGAUUUAUACACAGGAGAUUUUAUUGCAUCUAUGAAGCAUGGCAUGGGAGAAGAGCAGUUUGCAAAUGGAGAUUUAUUUAGAGGAAAUUUUAUUAAUGGUAAACCAGAGGGUUAUGGGGAAUACUUCUGGAAAUGUGGUAGUUUCUAUUAGGGUAUAAAUAUUAUAAGAUUUCUAGGCUUUUUUUUAAAUGGUAUGAGACAUGGUUAAGGUUUAUGGUAAUCCUCAAAUUAGAAUUUAUGUGAUAAAUAUGUUGGGGCCUAUUAAUUUGAUAAAAAAUCAGGAUACGGGGAGUUUACAUGGGUUAAUGGAACUAUUUAUAAAGGUUGGUUUUAAGAUGAUCUUAGAUAGGGAUUCGGAAAAAUGUUUUCUAAAGGGAUUUUAAUUUAUUAAGGGGAGUGGGAGAAUGAUGUUUAGGCUGAAAAAAUAAGAUUAAAGUUUUAAUCGAAAUAAAAAACUUUAGAUCACACCGCUUAGCAUUGGAAACAUACUAAUGUAAAUGAAAUUCAAGAAUUAGAAGAUGAAUCAAAUAUAUCAGAAGAAGAGAAUGUCAUAUUUUAAGACAGUAUGAUUCUACCAAAAAAAAAAACAGAAAAAUUUAGAUUGACUACUUUAAAUAUAGAUAAUAAAACUAAAUCUCAUCGUAUUUCUCCAAUGAAAGGAAGCUUAAAAUUACCUAAAAGCACUGUUUAAUCAUAAAAUUAGAAGCAUAGGGCUUAAUCUUACAAUUAAUAAAAUAAACAAAUAAUUUAAUAAAAUAGAAAUAGAGCAUUUUCAACACAAAAUCAAGUUUAAAUGACAAACAAAUAACUAGAUUAAAGCUAAAAACUUUCUAUACCUAAAAAAGGAAAAAUAAAAUUGGAAAAAUUGAAAUGA